AUGGCCGGUGGAGGCUUCGCCGCCGCCAGCCUGACGGCGGACUACGGCGGAGGAACGAUGACGGCGUCGACGGUGGUCACGUGCCUCAUUGCGGCCUCGGGCGGCCUCAUCUUCGGCUACGACAUGGGCAUCUCAGGUCAGCUACUCCCCCCCACAUCAUCUUCGUCCGGAGAGCUUCCAAUUUCAGUCUGGAAAACCUAAUUGACGCCAUCGCCGGCGGUGAUUUCCAGGUGGGUUGACGACAAUGAAGUCUUUUCUCCGAAAGUUCUUCCCCUACAUCCUCAGCGCGACGGCGUCGACGGCGUCGUCCGAUGAGUACUGCGUCUACAACAGUCAGAUCCUCACUGCCUUCACUUCGUCCUUGUACCUCGCCGCCCUGUUCUCGUCCCUGAUCGCCGGCCGUUUAACGGCGAUCGCCGGCAGGAGGGUCGUCAUGGUCACCGCCGGAGCCCUCUACCUCACAGGCGCCGCCAUCAACGCCAGCGCCGCCAACGUUGUGAUGCUCAUCGCCGGGCGAUUUCUCCUCGGCUUCGGCGUUGGGUUCGCCAAUCAGGUCCUCCCAUUGGCCCUCUUGGAAUCAAGUUCAUAUUAGUCUAAACCUGCCAUUUAAUUAUUGACUCCAAUAAUGUUUUCACCCCCCCGCUUACGAAUAUAAAAACUGGUUUCCAUGUGGUAAGCCAUCUUGAUUGGACAGUCCGUAAAGUAGCCAGGGAUUCGUGAGGCAAAAUGGAGAAAUGAGUUUCGGUUGUCAUUCCAGGCUACGCCGGUGUACAUAGUGGAGAUGGCGCCCGCGAGAUGGCGCGGCGCCCUCGUCGCCGCUUUCCAGCUGUCCGUCGGCCUCGGCGUCCUCACCGCCAACCUGGUCAACUACGCCGCCAACCGGGUCACUGGUGAGUGGGGAUGGCGGCUGGCCCUCGGCCUCGCUGCCGCCCCCGCCGUCAUCUUCCUCGUCGGCGCCGUCGUAAUCUCCGACACCCCCAGCAGCCUUGUAGCACGCGGUCGUCUCGACAGCGCACGAGAAGCCCUCCUCCAAGCGCGGGGUGCGCACGCCGACGUGGAUGCGGAGCUGGAAGACAUCCUUUACCACCUGGAGGCGCGGCAGCGGAAACACGGCGAGGAAGGCGGCGGCGGCGCCUUCCGGCGGGUGCUCUCCCGGCGGUACCGUCACUACUUGAUAACCGGAGUAUUGAUAUCCUUCUUCCAGCAGAUGACCGGGAUCAACGUGGUCGCCUUCUACGCGCCGGUGAUGUUCCAGACCGUCGGAUUUGCCGACGGCUCCUCCCUGAUGGCGGCGGUGGUCCUCGCCGCCAUCAACCUGGUGUCAAUCCUCGUGUCAACCGUCAUCGUCGACCGUUACGGCCGGAGGGUGCUCUUCAUACAGGGCGGCGGCCAGAUGUUCAUCUGCCUGGUGCAACAACUUAUCCAUAUUCUCGGUCUCUUUAUAUAAUCAGUCAAUCAAUCUAUGGGGCCGUUCUUUAUAUAAUCUGUGGGGAUAUCUUUUGGGUUGAAGGUGGCAGUGGGGUGUGUGAUGGCGGCGACGGCCGGGGGCGACAGCGGCGCACUGGCGGUGCUGCUGCUGACGUGUAUCUACAGCGCCGGCUAUGGGUGGUCGUGGGGCCCGCUGAGUUGGCUGGUGCCAUGCGAGAUCUUCCCCGAGGAGGUUCGCUCGGCGGGGCAGGCGAUCGUCAUCGCCCUCAACCUCGGCGUCUGCUUCGUGCAAGCGCAGGUCUUUCUGGCGGCGCUGUGCUGGAUGAAGUACGGGCUCUUCCUCUUCUUCGCCGGUUGGAUCGCCGUGAUGACGGCCUUUGUGGCGGCGUUCCUGCCGGAGACGAAGGGGGUGCCGCUGGAGGCCAUGGAGGGCGUGUGGGCGGCACACUGGUUCUGGAAGAGGUUCGCGCUGCCCCGUGACUGA